AUGCCUUUCAUCAUGCAACCGCCCCCCUCGGUCCCCUUCCCCAUCCCUCGCUUCUCUCUCCAGUCCGUGCUCGAAAUCCUCGGUGCACCGCAAUCCUUCAUCGACGAGCUCCUCCAACAAAACAUCGUACGCGACGAUCUGCGUCGCACUAUCACCGAGGCUGCGCCGCGCAAGGGCGGCGUCACGAAACUACCGCCUGUUACACCCGAGCUCGAAGAAGUAUGGAGCAGCGUUCUCAACACCAAACUUCCCAGUGAACCGCGGCGGGACCCAGCUCAGACGACUUUAAUGCGGCCCAACCCUCCGGUCUUAAUACGUUCCGCUGUACCGGACCUUCAGUGCGAUGACCCGGUACUCAUCGCGGAGACGUUGUGCGGAAUCCAAGGCAUCAGCGGCCAGGACUUUCAGCUUGUCAUCGAGCGCUUGGCGAUGCAUGGCGACUUAUCGACAUCUUAUGCUAUACAGAUGGCGAAGCUCAUUGCGAAGAUGUUGGAGUUGCAUGUAGACCAUCCGAUUGGAACGCCAGAGACGCAACUCUGGCUCUGUGCCAUCGAGAUGGCGAAGCUCGAGCAGGCUUGCGUUAACGACCACAACGACAAGGGAGAGUGCAAACACGUUGGCAUUCAGGGCCAGAGCCAUCUGGUCUUCGUUUGCAACCUGUACAAGCUUGGUGUCGCUUCACCCGAGGACUACGCGCAGAUGCUGAAGUCGAUCGUCUUGCCACAUGAGCCUUGUAUGUGUCGCCUCCAGGCUCUGCAGAUCGUCGUCGGAUCUGGGGACAACCGUGUCUACAAGCAUUGCCGCCAAGACGUCAGCCGUGUCGUCGAUGCCUUGCGGACGUGUGAUCGUGAAGGAGAAAUGGUUUGGGAGUUGGACGGUCACAAACUUAAACAAGAGAUGCUCGGCGAGAUACUGUUCAAGAUUCAAGGCUGGAAGAAGAUGUAG